AUGGAGGAUCUGAAGAGUCCAUUUUUCUUACAUCAUGGAGAGUCACCAGGUGCAAUUCUUGUCACUCAGCUCUUGACAAAAGACAAUUACCCUAAUUGGGCUAGGGCUAUGUGUAUGGCAUUGGAUGCGAAGAGCAAGCUAGGUUUUGUGGAUGGCUCUAUAAUAGCUUCCAUGGCAAUCACUCCUUUGGAAAAGAUUGCUUGGUCAAAGAACAAUUCCAUGAUUUCUUCAUGGAUCUUGAACUCAGUCUCUCCUCACAUCUCCAGAAGUGUGAUUUAUAGAAACACUGCAAUGGAGGUUUGGAAUUCACUUAGGAAUCAUUUCUUGCAAGCCAAUAGUCCACGGAUUUCACAACUUCAAAAACAAAUUUCAACAAUCAUACAAGGAGAUGCAACAGUAACUACUUUCUUCACUGAUCUUCAAGCUUCUUGGGAUCAAUUGCUCAAUCUCAAGCCUUUAUCAUGUUGUUCUAGUGGGUAUAAGCAAAAAGGCAAGGUUUCUAUGGCUGAUCAAGUGAGUCUUGAUAGUAAACCUGGUCAAUCUGAGGCUGCAUCAUAG